AUGGCUUGGGCGAGUGUUGUAGGUGUAUUAGGGACAAACUUUCUCUAUCUGCUCCUCGCAUGGCUGUUCUUAGUCUUCUCGCGUCGCCUCUUUUUUCAUCCAUUUAAGAAUACCCCAGGGCCUUUUCUUGCAAAAGUGACCAAUCUAUAUGGCGGCAUACAGGCUAUCAGGAGACGCGGCCAUUUGGCAAGCUACGAGAACCAUGUCCAGUUCGGCCCUGUAGUACGGUAUGGUCCAAAUAGAUUGAUUUUCAAUACGAUCACAGCAGUUCAUGACAUAUACGCCAACCCCUUGGUGACAAAGUCCGAAGUUUACCUCUUGACCCGAAUGACCCCCUUAGGAAAUGUUUUCGAUACUCCUGAGGUCGACGAGCAUCGUAGAAAGCGAAGGAUUAUCAGCCAACCCAUCUCAGAGAAAGCCAUGCGGGACUUUGAACCUACAAUGGCAGAACAGAUCGACACUUUUAUUCACCAGCUGCGAAAGUCAUGCCGUCUGUCGAAGCCAAUCAACAUGACGAAACGUCUCGAGUACCUUGGGGGCGACGUGGUGGGACAUCUCGGAUUUGGGUAUCCUCUCAAGAUGCAGACAGAGGAAACUAAUCAAUGGUUGAUGUGGGGAUUGUCUUUCGUCAUUGUGCGUGUUAAUAUCUACAUGCAGUUUCCCAAGUUGGCCUUCAUUGAGCCCGCCCUGAAGAGACUGGGAAGCAAGAUUCGCAAUAAAUACAGGAGCAUUAUCGGGAAGAUGAUAGUCAAUCGCACCAGCAUGCCUAAAGAUGCCAAGCGAGAUCUUUUUGCAUAUGCGGCGGACAGCAUGGAAGGUGGCACAAGCCUUAUGAACAGUGAGCUGUGGGCUGAAGCCUUCUUCUUCGUCAUUGCUGGAGGUGCCACUUCAGCAACCGCCAUGGCGGCGCUCUUCUUUUACUUGACGCGCUAUCCAAGAGUGUAUGAAAAGCUGAAUGAAGAGAUACGAACUCACUUUCACUCCGGCGAGGAUAUUCAUUCUGGAAAGGCACUACGAGAUUGUGUAUACCUUCGAGCCUGCAUCGAUGAGGCAUUGCGCAUGUCACCCCCUGCUCCAGGAAUGCUAUGGCGCGAGAAAGUCCCACCAAACAAGCUAGCCGGCGGCAUAGAAGAUCCCCCUCUUGUGGUUGACAGGCAUGUCAUCCCCAGUGGCAUUCAAGUUGCUGUCAACAUAUACGCUCUGCAUCAUAAUGAGGAAUACUUCGCAGACCCUUUUCAGUUCAUUCCGGAAAGGUGGCUGACAGCUGAGGGGAGAGACUCUUCAUCAUUGAUGCGGCGCGCAUUUGCUCCCUUUGGGGUGGGUGGUCGAUCCUGUGCUGGAAAGGCGGUGGCCUACCUCGAAAUCAGCCUCACCAUAGCCAAAACCUUGUAUUACUUUGACCUAGAGAUCGCCCCAGGACCGCAAGGCCAAAUCGGAGCUGGUACUGUUGGUAGAAACGAUGGCAGAGGCAGGGAAGAUGAGUUUCAACUCUAUGAUGUGUUUACGUCUCUUCACGAUGGGCCUGUAUUGAAGCUUAAAGAGCGACAACAAGCGGUUGGGAAGUGA